AAGAUUAAAAUCUAACAACAAUGAAUUGCCGAAUAAGCCGAUAUAAAUUAUUGUUUCAAUUGACAACUAGAAAAUUUUUCAUGGAAAAAGUAAACAUGGAGAGACAUUUGAGGCACCUGAACAGUCGAUUUUAUUGCAAUAUAGACAAUAAAAGCCGCUAUCCACCAGGAAAAUCAAUACAAGAAGAAAGAACAAAAGGUCUGCGUGCCAAAAUAAUUGAUGAAUUUAACCAAACAAAACAUAAAGUUGAGGAAAUUAUUGAGAGGGAAAAUAUAUGGACAGUUCCGAAUUUUCUCUGCAUUGGCAGGAUAAUAUCGACACCUUGCUUGAGUUAUUUGAUAGUUUCUCACGAUUAUCAGGUAGCCCUGUGGAUUUUGGGUUUUGCUGGCCUAACAGAUUUCAUUGAUGGAUGGAUUGCGAGAACAUGGACGUCUCAGGCUUCUAAAUUAGGGAGUUUUUUGGAUCCAAUGGCCGAUAAAUUAUUGGUUGGAUCACUGUUCCUAUCCCUGGCUUGGGUCGGGCUUAUUCCCAUGCCCCUGACUGUACUUGUACUCGUAAGGGAUGCUAGUUUAAUUGCUGCAGCAUCCUACAUUAGAUAUCGUUCUUUACCCGCGCCUAAAACUUUGACGAGAUAUUUUGAUCCCACCCACGCAACAGUUCAACUGGCGCCUACGUUUACUAGCAAAUUGAAUACAGCAGUUCAACUAUCUUUAGUUGCGAGCACUUUGGCAGCUCCAGUUUUCCACUUCGUUGAUCAUCCACUUCUUCAAGGGCUCUGUUAUUUAACUGCUAUAACCACAGUAGCCGGUGGUGUUAGUUAUUUAAUGUCGAAAAAUACAUACAAAUAUCUUUCGAAAAAAAAACACUCGAAAGAUCCACCAUCGUGACGAUACACUGAGAAAUU